AUGAAAACAGAGCCAGUCAUUGUACCACCUGUUGAAGAGAUAUCUGGAAAAUAUCCCUUGAGUCAGGAGAAGGAGGGAAGGGUUCGGGUAGUGAAGGAUAAUGAGUUAGACAUAUGCGAGGAUGGGCAUAUUGGAAGCAUGACUGCAAUGAUAUCAAGGGCGAGAGGAGCUCCAAGAUUUAUGGUUACGUGUUCGUUCAUCUUGACCACUGAAACCGAAGCCUCGGUCCCGUUCACUGCCGACCUUGAUCACUUGUUUGGACCUGAGCCUACUCUUUGGCUCGUACGAACUGGCAUUGGCAGUAAUAUUAUGGCCUCUAUCUUCUGCUCCCAUCGUACCAGUGGCAUUGACGGCCCUUCAAGGCGGAACUUAAGACAACGCUAUCCGUCACACAACUCAACUCCGCGGUACCAAAGGUACCAGCACGUCAACAGGAUGUCAUCUUUCCCCUUUGGCGAUCUCCCUACGGAGACGAAGAAGAAUGUAAUCCUUAACGCCCUUCCUUCUGUCACCGCACCUCAUCGAUACUACCUAUCAAACAUUGCUCGUGCUCGUAUCCAUGAAUACGUUGAAGAACAGACCCUCAAGAAAAUACAGGACUCCGACCCAGUUAUCGCUUCGUUGUCGAAUCAGGUCCGAUGCCUCAAGGCCAUCAACCCCCAAGAUGGGACUGCUAUCAUGUCUAGCGUCGGUGGUGUCGAGUUUCGCCUUGACCCGAAGCACGACACCUUCAAGGCCAUGGAAAUGCGUCUUCCUGCCGUUCAUCCGUCUACGUCCUGGAACCCUCAGGAAGUCAAGGGCUAUCAUAAAUACGCCCUGCCUUUCGAGAACGUGCUUAACGUCGCUUAUCGAACCUACCUUGCACGAGGUCAGGCACCACCCCCCGACGACGGAUUGACUAUUGCAGGUCCAUCGACUGCACCCGUGGUAGAAGUCCCCCCCACCUAUUACAAUAUACCCUUUGAGAAAGAUCUCCCGAUCUUUGCUCGCCUCCCGAAGGCCAAAAACCUGUCUCUGAUCGUCGAGUAUGCCGACCGUGAAUGGCAUAUUAACGGCUUCCAGAUGAAUGGGCCUGACGUUGUCGGUCGACGAUACCUUCUGAACCGCUGGGGUCUUAUUCGCUCUGGGGACCAUUCUUAUGUAGCCGAAGAAUACUUCCGCAACCGCCGCAUUCCUGCCGAUACCGGAAUCGCAUGGAACAUGCCCGGCAGAGACCGGCUCAGCGAUCCUGAGGACCUCGAGGGCGUCCCAGUCCCAAUCUCUCGCUACGGUAUACCCAACAUUGGCUUCAACGCCUAUAGUCGAGGCAACAUUUCUCUUGGCGGAAACUGGGCGGGAUUUCGGUUCUGGGUCGACAACAACAAGAUUGAGUUCAGCCCUCUGUGCUGGCAAGAGGUCGAGCCGCUGAUUGGCGAGUACUAUGGUCUCGACGAGCGUAGCUACAACACCUUCAGCCCCGGACUCGUCGCCAGAGUUUGGGUUAUCCGCUCGGAACAGGAUCUUGAACCAACUGAGAAACCUCACCACCACUGGAUUGAGGUUAGAGAGCCUGAGUUUGGCGAUCCGGAGUGGGUUGAGCAGAUCGCAGCGACAUGGAAGAUGACCCGCCAAAUGCUCUCUCAUGUUCGUGGCAGUCCCAUCGAGGAGGAUGAGGAGAGAAACGUCGCCGCGGAUAAUUACUGUUUCCAAAUGGAGCCGUGA